UCUUGAAAUAACUUGAAACCCCUCUUUCUCCCUCCUUCCUUUCCUUUUAUUUCAUUUAUUAUUAUAUUAUUUCCAAAUAUAAUUUAAAAAAAAAAAAAAAAUUCAAAUUAAAUAGUCACUUGUGUUUCAGGUGACUGAUUCUUGAAUCUAGUAUAUUUGUUGUUCUUGCUCAAUAUAAAAUCUGUAUCUAUAGAUUAUAUAUAUAAGUUGAAAAAGGUAGCUGCUUGGCUGGCAGUUUGUGUUUCUAGGGUUUUAAGAUCUUCUGGGGUUUCAAAGAAUUUGGAGUUAUUAGCUACAAAUGUAUGUGAAUAUGGAGAUCUAGGGUUUCUUUCUGAUUCUGCAUAUCCAUGGCUUCUACAAAACGUGCUUAUAAGCUACAGGAAUUCGUAGCUCAUGAAUCAAGUGUAAAUUGUUUAAAGAUUGGGAGGAAGUCUUCGAGAGUACUUGUUACUGGUGGAGAAGAUCAUAAGGUUAAUCUAUGGGCUAUCGGAAAACCGAAUCCUAUCCUGAGCUUGUCUGGCCAUUCAAGUGGAAUUGAUUCAGUAAGCUUUGAUUCUUCUGAAGACAUGGUAGCUGCUGGAGCUGCAAGUGGUACUAUUAAGUUGUGGGAUUUAGACGAGGCAAAAAUUGUUCGCACUCUUACUGGUCAUCGAUCCAAUUGCAUAUCUUUGGACUUUCAUCCGUUUGGGGAGUUUUUUGCUUCUGGGUCCCUGGACACGAAUUUAAAGAUAUGGGAUAUUAGGCGAAAAGGGUGUAUACAUACAUAUAAGGGUCACACACGGGGGGUCAAUGCAAUAAGAUUUACACCUGAUGGUCGUUGGGUGGUAUCUGGUGGAGAGGACAACAGUGUGAAGCUAUGGGAUUUAACAGCCGGAAAGCUAUUACAUGAUUUCAAGUUUCAUGAAGGCCAGGUCCAAUGUAUAGAAUUUCAUCCAAAUGAGUUCUUGAUGGCCACAGGUUCUGCUGAUAAAACUGUUAAAUUUUGGGACCUUGAGACCUUGGAACUUAUAGGUUCUGCUGGUCCAGAGACUAGUGGAGUUCGUUGUAUGCAAUUCAAUCCUGAUGGGAGAACCCUUCUAUGUGGUCUGAAUGAAAGUCUGAAGGUGUUUUCAUGGGAACCAAUCAGAACUCAUGAUGCUGUGGAUGUGGGAUGGUCAAAGUUGUUAGAUCUUAAUAUGCAUGAAGGGAAGCUUCUCGCCUGUUCUUACAAUCAAAGCUGUGUAGGAGUUUGGGUUGUAGAUAUAUCGAUAACUGAACCAAAUAAGGUUUCCAAGAUUAAUGGUCGUCAAGAACAAAUGCCCAACUCAAGUGGAAACGCUUCAGUUCUUACUGAGAAUACCCCAAAAACCAGUUCAGGCAGGCUAUCCAUUUCACAAAGUUCAGAUCCAAUUGUGAAGGAAACAAAAUCAUUGGGUAGGCUUUCAGUUACUCAAAAUUCAGAGCUGACCAACAAGGAUUCUAAAACCUUUUCAUCCACAGGAAAUGUCCCUCAAAAGAUGUAUCCAAAUAUUGUCCAAAAGAUCAGCCCAACGGGUUCAAUUUCGUCUCCAAGUGCCCCGGCAGUUUUAAAGCGAAGUGGUGCAAAGAGCCAGUCAACACAAAAUGUAUCAUCAACUUUUAGUAGAUUAGAUGUUGCACCUGUAAUUGUGCCUAGAAACAAUGUUGAUUCAAGAAGAGAAGGUCUUCCUGGAAGAGUGACACCAACAAUGGUAAUGUCAAAACCUCCAGAUUCUCGAAAGCUCUCAAAUAUAAAGGAUGAAGCAGAAAAGCCACCAUCUUCUGUGCAGUCUGUGACUGAUGCAAGUGACAUUGAUUCAAGUCGAGUUGCUGAUGGAAUUAGUUUCAAUUCACUGAAAGACUCGGCUUUUGGAAAAACUGCGAAGGGGACAGGCUUUGAAGAUGACAGAUGCGUGGUUUCUGGAAAGCCAGAACCGAAUGUAGUGACAGAGUCACUUCCAAGCAACCAGAUUGAAAUUUAUGAAGGACGUCUGCCCCGACCAGUUAGAGAUACUUACUCUAUGGAAAGUAAAAGAAGAGGAAGAACGCGUACACUUGUUUCUACUUGGGACAGGAAAGAAAGGUCUUCUUAUCAUGAGAGUCUCUCUUCCAGAAAUCUCCCUGAUAGCGUCUCUGCCGUCAACAUGCUACCAAGUUCUGUGAAACAAUUAUCUGAACCUACUAAGGAAACUCAGCCUGUUACAGAGGAAGAUGCUCUUGCAGAGAUAAUGGGACGACACGAUCAGUUUGUAUCUUCAAUGCAGUCUCGUCUAGCAAAGCUACAGAUGAUUCAUAGAUGCUGGGAUAGGAAUGAUAUUAAAGGAGCAAUUAGAGCAAUGGAGAGAAUGGCUGAUCAUGCUGUAACUGCAGAUAUAGUGAGCCUUUUGACAGGAAAAAUAGACUCCAUCACCCUGGAUAUUUGCUCUUGUCUGCUGCCUCUUCUCACCAGUCUCCUUGAUAGUGACAUGGAUAGGCAUCGAGGAGUAUCGUUAGAAUUGUUGCUUAAGCUGGUGCGGAUAUUUGGUUCUGUGAUUUAUUCGUCUUUACAAGCGUCAUCCUCUGUUGGUGUUGACAUCGAGGCAGAACAAAGGCUGGAACGUUGCAACCUCUGCUAUCUAGAGCUUGAAAAGGUCAAGCAUUCCUUGGCACUCCUAACCAGAAGGGGCGGAUCGAUUGCCAAGUCAGCGCAUGAGUUGAAUCUUGCACUUCAAGAAGUCUCAUGAGUUUGAGUGAAGGAUUGUUUUAAAAUAGAAGUUAGGUUUUUUAUUUGGUCUCUUUUUAGGAUAGGAAAUUGAAGACUCAACUGCGGUGUUGCGCUGAUGGGAGAUUUAUGUACAUUUGAUUCUAUGCACUUGUGCAGAAGAAGCAUUAACUAGCUAUAUCCUUCAAAGAGUAAUUGAGUUUUGGAGGCCAAGCCGCGGACAUGUAUACCUGACUUCUGGUCGAGGAACAGCUGACUAAUCCAUAUGUAUCCAUCCGUACCCAACCCCAAUCCAGUAAAUAUUCUGAGUUCACGUGUCAAUUCGAGUGAGGAGUUGAUCCAUUGGUUUAUUUAUGAAAUACGAGUUUUUUUCAGUGCUGAUGUAACCUUAAAUGUAAUUGAAUUGUGUAAGUUGUUUGUAGGCUAAGGAUAUCUUAAGUUGUGAAUGUUGCCACUUUUUCCUCAAAA